CAUUUUCCUAUCUUCUUGACGUCGCUUCAAGAAAAGACACCGGUGCUCUCUGGUUUGCAUAACAGGAAACGCUUUGAUGACGUUGAUGCCAUUUUCUUAUUCUGAGUUAUCCGCUGGGAGUUCUUAUUGAAAUACUAUAUACCACCGAAAAGUCCUGCAUUGGCCUCACUCUGCUUUAAACGCCAUAUCUUAAGUUCUGCCUACGACUGAAGCCCAUCUUCCUUCUUAACCUGCACUAUCUCCUGAUAUCUAAGCAGUUACUUCUGAGUUUCUUUUCUUUUUUCUUUUUAAUUUUUUUUAUAUUCAUCUCAUCAUUUUUGCUCCGCAACAUGGCCUCUGAUUCCCCCAAGGUUGUCCCUUUGACUUGCCAUGGGCAUUCAAGACCUGUUCCCCAUAUCAGCUUCUCUCCCGUUGUGGAUGAUGACCAGUACUACCUCAUCUCUGCGUGUAAAGACAACAAUCCUAUGCUUCGUGAUGGAAUAACUGGUGAUUGGAUUGGCACUUUCCUAGGGCAUAAGGGUGCUGUAUGGCAAGCUCGGCUCUCAGCCGAUGCCAAUAUUGCUGCUACUGCUGCUGCAGACUUUUCUGCCAAGGUCUGGGAUACCCAUACUGGCGUAUGCCUAUACACAUUGCAACAUGCACAUAUAGUUCGUGCUGUCGCCUUUCCUAUUCAAGAUAACCCCCAAGUGCUUGCGACUGGAGGUAUGGAAAAAAGGCUGCGCAUUUUCGACCUCUCUCGCAGUGAGUCCGCUAGUAACUCGUCUCCGAGAUCCGCCAACGGUGGUUCCGCCCCCGUAAAUGGUAUCGGCUCCAGUGCGAACCUUUCUUCCAGUGCAACGAGUUUUGAGAUUGGUCCCGGCGUCCACGAUGGCACGAUCAAAUCCAUUAUCUGGAAUCAGGAUUACAAUAUCAUUACCACAGCAUCCGACGAUCGAAAGCUAAGAUGGUGGGAUCUUCGCUCUCAGAAUCCUUGUAUGGAAUAUGCCAUCGAGGGGUUGGUCGGUAGCUGCGAAUUAAAUACUCUCUCAACGAUACCGAACGAUCCAGGUAUCCUAAGCAUUGCUGCUGGAAAAACUGCUUACUUUUUUGACGGCGCUGUUCCUGGCCGUCUGCUGAAAAAGGUGGACUUUAAUUACGAACUUGCCAGCGUUGCUGUGAAUAGCCAAGCAGGUAGAUUCGUAACCGGCGCAUCGGGUGACACUUGGGCACGGGUAUACGAUUUGGAGACUGAUGAGGAACUUGAUGUCCAAAAAGGUCACCAUGGUCCCAUCUGGUCAGUGAGCUACUCGCCCGAUGGAAAAAUCUACGGCACAGGAAGUGAAGAUGGAACCAUCAAGUUAUGGAAAGCUUGUCGGGAGCCAUAUGGUCUUUGGAGAUAGUAGUGCCUUUGUAGACACUGUUUCUUUGCACGGUUUUCUCUUCCAGAUUUUAUUGCAAAAAGAAAUUGUGCAUGUUUGGUGGAAUACAGCGAGGCGUUGGCAU